AUGGGAACCAAAUCGAAGAAGAAGGCCAAGACGCGUCUUGAUGCGUACUACCGACUCGCAAAGGAUCAAGGGUUUCGUGCCCGCUCUGCGUUUAAGCUUAUUCAGCUGAACCGCAAGUACGACUUCCUUGCAAAGAGUCGCGUGCUCGUCGACCUCUGUGCGGCGCCAGGCGGUUGGUGCCAAGUCGCAGCGAAGCAUAUGCCGGUGGGCUCAAAGAUCGUUGGGGUGGAUUUGGUACCGAUUGCCCCCAUUCGAGGUGUGAAGACGUUUGUCGGUGACAUCACGGAUGACAAGACACGGAAGAUGAUCGUAACGUACCUUAAAAAGGAACCGGUGGACUGCGUCAUUCACGAUGGUGCCCCUAACGUGGGUGGCGUGUGGUCGCGUGAUCUGUUUGAGCAGAAUGCGUUGGUCCUGCACGCCGCCAAAAUGGCCACCUCUAUGCUAAAACUAUCGGGGUGGUUUGUCACGAAGGUGUUUCGUUCGCAGGACUUUCACAAACUCAUGUGGGUUUUAAAGCAGCUGUUUGAAAAGGUGGAGGCAACAAAGCCACUCGCCUCUCGUAUGGAGUCGGCUGAGAUUUUUGUUGUGUGCGCCGGUUUUAAGGCACCGAAGCAGCUGGAUCCCUCCAUGUUCAACGCACAAAAGGUGUUCUCGGAUGUGGGUGAGGAGAAAGUCUUGACACCCUCCGGGACUUUCGUAGUGCCGAAGUCUAACGUGCCGGCGGGGUACAAUGAGUUUGCUACGAUUUCCCAUCAUGUUGCUGCCUUCUCUGAGUUUCUUCACUGCACGGACCCAAAGGAGUUCCUUCGCUCGCACCACGAGCUGCGCUUCGCCACUGCAGAGGACAAAGUCUACUUGAAAUCAAAAUACUCCAAGAAGGAGCUCGUGUACCUCUGCGGGGACCUGCAGCAGGUAGGCGAUGCGGAUAUACGACGUAUGCUGCGUUGGCGGGAACAAUUGCUGCGCGAGCAGGCGACGAUUCUGAAAAAAAAGGCGGAGGAGCAGCAGCAGCAGAAGGAAGGGGAUGACGUGAUGGAGGAGGAGGAACUGGAUGAAGGUGAUGAGGGUGGCGAUAGCGUAGAAAAAGACAGCGACGACGCGGGGAUUGACCUUGACAGUGCAGAGGGCGUGGCGAAGAUUGCCCGGGAGCUGCUGGAGCUGCGAAAAAAACAAUCCAAGCUGCUGAAGCGGAAACAGAAGAAGAUUGUUGACCGCAAGUUGAAGCAAAUCAAGGGACUGAUCAACUUCGACCCCAAUACAACUGCGGAGGACGUGACAGAGGCGGAUGGAUUUAUGGAAGACACCGAUGUAAACAUGCAGUCCGAGGGAGAGGCUGACGAUGACGAGCCUGACAACGAUAACGAUGACGAGGGCGAGGGAUUUACCGUUGAGAAGUUGGCAACCGUGGACGAGGCGGUACUGGCAAAUAUGUUUGACAAGCACUGGGAGGAGCCGGACGAGCGCCUUAACGAUCCUUUGAACCCCGUCAUGAACGCCAACCUCAACGCUGAGCAGGACUGGGAUCUGGGCAGGGAGGCAGAGGACCCCAGCGAUGCCGGUGAGCGUGGCGAUCGGCCGCUGCAGCUCGUGGAGGGUGAGGAGGACGGUGUCGACGUCGACAAUUACGGUAACUACAUCCCCGCAAAGCGCUCGGCUCGCGUUGCCCUCUACGACGAGGGCCUCGUUGCUGAGAACAGUGAGGAGGAGGAUGCAGACGAGGAAGACACCGCGUUGCAAAAGAGGAAUGCGAAGGACCAACAAGACCUUGAGGACGCCGGCAAGCGGAGCAAGUGGCUUAGGCAUCAUGUCAACGUUGAAAAGGUGCUGAAUCAGACCUUUCCAAAGCCGCGCGAUAAUAAAAAGAGGAAACGGCUGCUUGAGGAGGAUCGUGUAGAGCUGACGGCGUCGUCUCCACUGCACGACAGUGACAUCAAUGGCACGGGUGGUGCGGCACGCAAGCGGAUGCGCUUUGACGACCGCGUAGAUGACGACAACGAGGAGGAUUCUCAGAGCCUCUCCAACCUGUCGGAGGACCGAUUUAGUGACGACCGUAGUGAACUUGAGGUCUCUGCGGGGCGUCUCGAUUCCCGCCGUAAGCGCGCCAUUAUCCCUGACGUUGGAAAGCUUACCACACAGGAGCUCGUGCGGCAGCAGCGGAAGCAGACGUUGAAGGACAACGCGUCCACCCGCAAGCAGAAUGCGCGUAACAAGAGCAGUGCUCGCAAGGAUGAGAUGGGUUUCGAGGAGAUUCCGGUUGCCCUCACAGAUCCACACAUUCGUGCCCGCACAUUGGCGCUGGCGACAAAAAUGCUUGACCCGAAGAGCCGCCGGGAUAUUCUUGAUGCCUCCAUCAACCGCUACACCUUCAACGACGACGACGAUCUCCCCGAUUGGUUUAUCAAGGACGAGCAGCGCAACUGCAAGGUGGUUCUCCCCGUCACUGCAGAGGAGAUUGAGGUGCAGCGGCAGCGCUUCCGCGAGAUGAACGCGCGGCCUGCUAAGAAGGUGAUGGAAGCCGUGCAGCGUAAACGCCGGCGGGCUCAGCGCCUCCUGCGUUCCAUGAUUGAAAAGGGAAAAUCUGAUCCACGAGCACGGGAUAAGGCGAACAACGCCUCUGUGCGCAAGCUGAUGCGCUCGCAGGCGGUGAAGGGCGACGGCAAGCGGAAGAAGAAGGGUCCACUGGACGCGAAGAAGAUGGGUGAGAUGCGGCGGGCAAAACAACGACUUAAGCGCCGUCGUUAA